AUGCCGAGAUUUAGCGAUCAAUGGGUGAUUGAUAAAACAAUGUUUGACGUUGUUUAUGGGGGAGGCUGUGCAUGUUGUUCCUUCAACUUCAUGCCAAAUGGAACUGUUGGACUCAUACAAUCGCUUUCGGAGCUCGAAACUGAUGCAAUGGAAAAAGAAGUAUCAGCCCUGGAAAAGCUUCCCUGGCCUCAAGAGCUUAAGGAUUCCGUUUGGAUGGAUCGCUUUAGACUGAGGCAAUUCUGCAAGAAGAACAUGAAGGACUACAAAGCAUUUUGGUUAGAUCAUGGUGAAGAUUUUGAAUGUUGGUUUCGUUCAAAAUCCAACGAAAAGCUACGGAAGUUAUUUCAACUCCCACGGCAGGAAGUUCUCGACCGCCUCGAGAACCAGAAUUUCAAACUCCACACUUCAUUUGGCACCGUAUUUUGUGCUGUUCUUGACCAAGUGGCAAACUUCACGAUAACAGGAUACGAGACUGAUGGAAGAGGUGAUGCUGAAAUUGGCUUUGAAGGGUGCUUAAAGUUCGAUCGUAGAGGUGGCUUCACGUUGAUGGAUGUGGACUCAGAAGAUUCUAAGUCAAAAUGGUUACUGAGACACAGGACUCUUGGCGGACCCAAACUGCUGGAACGAAAUAUGAAAUGCGAAGAAGACGAAGAGCAAGAAAACAACAAAAUUGAUUUUGACCACGACAAAAGAAUCGCUUCAGAUGUGCCAUCAUUUCGUUCGGAUCGACGGAUUGUUCGACUUUUGAUAGCUCGACAUUUUGCAGAUGUGUUGCAAAGAGCUUACUUGAAGGAGGAAAAAACAGUGGAAGAAGUAGAGAAGCCCAAGCCUUGCUAA